UGGAUAUUUCCGGAUUGGAAUUCAACUCAAUGAUCUGAAACCUAAUAGCUCAAAUUUAUUUCCAGGUGUCGGAGAUUUUGACUACUAGAAACAACCAUGCUUAAGCGAAUUCUCGGAAAACCUAAGCAAGAAGCUAACGCCGUAACUACGUUAGAAAAAUUAAACGAGGGAUACAUGGAAUUAUGUGUGGUAUCUUGUGUGCACCAAGUUAUUUCGGAAAUAUAUGAGAUUUCCAGGGAACAUGUUUACCAAGGUGGAUUUAAUGUGAGUGGCAUUCACUGGUGAAUGGGGGACUUCCUGUUCCUGGCUUAUGGGUGUUUCCACUUGCAACCAGUACUUUGGAUUGAUCAUGAUCAUGUUCAGUUUUGCUCAAUUUUUAACCUGGACUUAGAAAAUGCAACUUUAGUUAUGCCAUGUUUGUUACUUUUGAAAAAGAAUGAUUUAAACACUUGAAUUUAUGCACUUCAAGUUUGUCAGUACCGUAGGCCUCUUAAGUCUUGGAUCUUUUUUGUUCUUUGUUUGCGUUACGGAUGUUAUUCAGCGUCAUUACAAUGUUUAAAGAGGAAAAGGCUCUAUGAACAACAAAUUGAACAGCUCGGGAACUUCCAAUUACGUAUUCAUGACCAGGUGAUGUUUUAGCGACGCGUUUCAUCGUCAAGUUAGUUUAGCUUUCAAGAAUAGUACACGAACAACAAUUGUAACUCCAAUAUUGUUUGAGCUUGGAUAUCAGAUGAUUAUGCUGGAAGGUGCAAAAGCUACCACAGAAACUGUUGAUGCUUUGAGAACAGGUGCAUCAGCAAUGAAAGCCAUGCAAAAGGGAAAGCCAUGCAAAAGGCAACGAAUAUUGAUGAUGUCGACAAGACUAUGGAUGAGAUAAAUGAGCAAACUGAAAACAUGAAAGAAAUUGAAGAGGCAUUAGCAACACCCAUUGGUGCAGCUGCUGAUUUCGAUGAGGAUGAAUUGGAAGCUGAAUUUGAAGAACUGGAAGGAGCUGAGCUAGAGGAACAACUUCUCCAACCAGCCACAACAGCCCCUGCUGCUCCAAUGCAUGCUCCACCUGGCAGACAAGAAGUCCGCCUACCUCCGCGGAAGAAUACAGCCGAGGAAGACGAACUUGCUGCAUUGCAGGCAGAAAUGACACUUUAAAUAAAUGGGUUUAAUGAAUUAUUGAAGAAGUGGAUUUGAAGGCCAGAUGCAGAAUUGGAGAUGCAUACACACUUUGAAUAACUAGUUAGAUGAUUGAUCUAAGUGUUGUAUUUGUAAAUGGACUCAAAAGAUAUGAAUAUGACUUUGUAUAUCAAAGUUCUCCCUCCUUGUUCCAAUCAUUUUCAUUUUGAGCAUAUAAAAUGAGUAAAUUUCUAUUUU